AAGCCGGACUCCUCUGCCCGGGUAACUCCAUCGACUAUCAGCUGUGUUUUUUUGUAUCUUCGUCUACGUCCUCCAUCGGCCUGCGAAAACACCUAAUCUUCCAGCGGUUCCCCUUUCAGCUCGUCUGACGCAGUAGCAUCAUGGAGGAGUUAGACGUUCCACAGAUGAGGAGAGAGGUGGAGAGCCUUCAGUACCAGCUGGCAAUCAACAGAGAGAAAUCCUCCAUCACCGUUACUGAGCUGGUGAAGUGGAUCGAGGGUUGUGUGUGUGAGGAUCCAUUUCUGAACCCGGAGCUGAUGAGAGCCAACCCCUGGGUGGAGAAGGGCAAGUGUGUGAUCCUCUAAUGGUCACACACACACACACACACACACACAUACACACACACAUACACACACACACACGCCCACGCACACACAAUCACAGAUGCAUAUAAACGAAAGAAUCGUGCACUCCCACAAACACAUUCACGCUGCACUAACUCUCUUCUUCACACACACACACACACACACACACACAAUGUUGCUAUUGUUAUGUUUAUUUAUUGGAAGACUCCUAAAUGCUUUUAAAUUAUGUUUCGACUACUGUAUGUGUGUAUGCAUGAGUGGGUGCAUGUGUGUGUGUAUGUGUGUGAGCGUUCAGCACUGAGUAGCUUUCUCGAGGUUUGUUUUGAAGGACUGCUGAGAAAUGUUCAACAACAUGUUUUUAUUGGCUCUUUACACUGUCAAUCAAAAUAAAGACUGUUUUGAAUUUAA